GCGGCGCAGAGCAGUACGAACGGUGCGCGAGAAGCUGGCGCAAGUGCGAAGCUCGGCCCUGAGGCCCACGAACACGGCGCCGCCAAGGUCGUCACGGAAAACGAUCGAUUGUGCGCAAUGAAGAUCGGCCCAGCGACGCAGGUUGGCCACCUGGUCCUCGCGCAGCAUGGGGAGCGUGCAGCGGAAGGCGGCCAAACCCUCGGCGUAUGCGUCAGAAUCCCUGUGGAGACAGUGGAGAGCGUCAAGAAAUCAUGCACCGUCGAUUACGCUGGCAUCCAAGGUCAUGUCUAUACGCUGCUGCUGGAGAGCGGCAAUUAUUACGUUGGGUGGAGCAGCACGGUUGAAUACCGCAUCGCGCAACACUUCUGCAGCGCGAGCUCGAAAUGGACAAUGCAGCACAAGCCGCUCCAAGUGCUGGCUUGCGUCGCUGGCGACACGCGGCUCGAAGAUAUCGUCACCAUAUCGCUCAUGAGGCAAUUCGGCUGGGAGCGGGUGAGGGGUGGUCGUUGGUGCCAGCUGGCUCUCGAAGGGCCGCCAGACGCAGUGAUGCGGGCGAUGGCUCCCCAGAAGCCUCGACCAGAUCCGUGCAACGGGCAUGCUGCGCCGGACGGCGGGGCGUGCUCCGCCUCGCGGGGCACGGCUCAGGACGGCGAGCCUGCACCUCCCCAGCCUGGAGAGCAAGAGGUGCAGGGAGAGCGCGAGACGAUCGCGAUCACGCGCGCCAAAGCCGAUGGCGACCCUUGCGCCUGGCGCGCCGAAGUACGGAGCACGCAGGCGGCGCAAGAAUGCACCAAGCGCGGCUUCAAAUGCAUCUACGUGGCUACGCUACCAGAUCUCACCGCGCGCAUUUGCGAGUGGCGACAGGCUACGGUACCUGCGCCUUGA